CAUGGGGAAUGGCGAUCAUGUUUCUCUUUACAAAUAUAUCCGUUCGAAAAGUAGCGUAGCGUGAGGUAUAAUCACCGUCAAGUAAAGUACAUUCAAUUCAAUUCAUCUGUUUAUUGGCACCAAGUACUGUACACAGAAAUCAUGUCUUCCUCAGUCCCCUCAUCUACCAUCACCGAGAAUGAGACCACGAUUCGGCUUCAGCCAGGUGGGAAAACCACAAAGAAAGCAGACACGUUCUUCGAAGAUGUUCAUUUCCUCGGAGACAAAGAUGGCAAAGUGAAGAUUCGAUCACCGCCUCAAUUUGAUGACCCUCUUGCCGCCAGAAAGUAUCAAAUGCAACACCUUGCUGUCGCCUUCCGAGUCUUUGCCAAGCAAGGAUUUGACGAAGGCGUUGCCGGCCACAUCUCACUUCGAGACCCUUUGAAUCCAGAGCAUUUCUGGAUCAACCCGCUCAGCACGCACUUUAGCCAGGUCAAAGUCAGUGACCUAGUCCUCGUCAACGAGCAUGGAGAAGUCCAGCCAGGCGGAGCUCAAUCUCCCAUCAAUGGCCCCGCAUUCGCCAUUCACAGCGAGAUCCACAAGGCGAGACCAGAUCUCAAUGCUGCUUGUCACGCGCAUUCUGUCUACGGAAAGGCUUUUUCAUGUUUUGGGCGAGUGAUCGAGCCGUUGUAUCAAGAUGCAUUGAGAUUUUACAAUGAUCUAAGCGUUUACAAUGCCUAUGGCGGUACUGUCGUCUCCACUGAAGAAGGUGCUCGCAUCGCCAAAGCGCUCGGGCCUAAGAACCGCAGCAUCAUCUUACGCAAUCACGGCAUCAUCACAUGUGGUGCAACGGUGGAUGAAGCUGCCUUUUUGUUCAUUGCUCUGGACAGAUGCUGUCACUCUCAGAUGAUGGCGAAUGCUGCUGCUGGGCCGGGCUGGGAGAAGAUCUAUAUCGAGAAGGAGCAGGCUGAGAUGACGCACAAGAAGAGUGGGAAUCCUAGUAAGAUGUGGUUGGCGUUUCAGCCAUAUUAUGAUCAGAUCAUUGCGGAGGAUCCAAGGGUGUUGGAGUGAGUGAUUCGUGGAUUGUGCAUGAUGUUUCUAGACCAUUUUCAUACGAGAAUUUAAAUCCUUUCUAAUUCAUGGCACAUUUUUUUGCAUUAG